UCUACUUGAGGGGCUAAUUUUCCAAGCCGAAGAAUUUGUAGGAGAAGGGGAGGUAUAUUGUCUGUACCUCUCUGCUCCUGAUGGUUGCACCAUGUCGCGGCGCAAGCAAGCCAAACCGCAGCACAUCAACUCUGACGAGCCCGGAUCCAUAGAAAAUGGGAUUCAUCAAGAUAAUCAAUCUGAAGAGGCUGAAAGUGAAGUGAAAAGAUUCAGGAUGGAUGAAACCAGAGUUUGCAACAAGUGCUGUGCUGAGUUCUUUGACGAAGCAGAGUUUGAAGAGCAUGAAAAAAAUUGCACUAAAAAUCAGCAAGUGGUCAUCAUGAAAGACGGAGAUGGCAAUGAAGUGCCCGAGGAAUAUUCACAAGAUUCUCCUGAAGGCCACGUGAAUGACCAGGACAGCCAUUCCAGCAAUCAUUCCAUGUUACAAGCCAGCGCAGACCACCUGGACAGGACCGAAGAAGACUUGAGCAUGAAUGCAGAGGACUCAGAAAACCAGGAUCAGGGAGAGUCGCCUGCCAGUCCUGCGAUGACAUAUGAAACUUCACCCAAAAUGCAGGAUUCGAAUGCUGGAGCUGAAACCAUGGCUGACACUAAAGUCGCCGUGUCCCAGCGACCUUCAAACUCGUCUCUGGCUUCGUCACAGGAAGCUCUGCAGGCCAUCCCGGUGAUCCUGGAGCAGCUCGUGUGCCUCCAGCAACAGCAGCUACAGCAGAUCCAGCUCACUGAACAGAUCAGAAUCCAAGUAGCCAUGAUGACCCCACAGGGUCUCCAAGCAUCAGCAGGGGCAGCAAUGGACCCUUUGAAAGCUCUCGGUGCCCAUUUGUCUCAGCAGCUGUCUGCUGCAGCGGCCCUGAUCGGAAAAAGAACUGGUACUCAGAACCUUUCCAUGGAGACGUUGAAGCAAGGUAAACUACCUCUACCCACUGGCCUCUCUACCUCCCUUCCCACAGGCUUGAGCUCAAUGGCUUCAAAAGCGGACAUUUUGAAAGGUGUUCCUGAUCUGGCAAGCCGUUUACCUGCCCUGCUGCCCCAAUCACCUGGCAUUUUGGGUUUCCCGGGCGCGUUCAAUGGCAUCCAAGCCGGGAUUGAGUCCUCCAAAAAAGUAAAAGCCAAGAUGCUGAACCUCCCGCCAGAGUCAAAGAGUGGGGACUCCCUGUACAAGCACAAGUGUAAAUACUGUGGAAAAACGUUUGGCAACGACAGCGCCCUGCAGAUCCACCUGAGAUCUCACACUGGAGAGAGGCCUUUCAAGUGCAACAUCUGUGGAAACCGCUUCACGACGAAAGGAAACCUCAAGGUGCAUUUCCAAAGGCACAAAGACAAAUAUCCAAACAUCAGCAUGAAUCCCCAUCCUGUGCCAGAGCAUCUUGACAAUAUUCCCACCAGCAGUGGCAUUCCUUUCGGUAUGUCUGUCCCCAUGGAUGAGUCUGGUCUUACUGAGAUGAAGCCAAUGUUGGGCCAUGCAGCUACAGGUUUCAACCCGGCAUCCAUACCAGGAUUCAAAACCUCUUUUGAUGGUUUUAGUGGCGAUCCAUUUUCCCAGGGACCCUCCCCAUCUACAAGUGAUGCCUCUCCAUCUGUUUCCUCCAUGUUUAGUCAAGAAACAGGAUUGGAUCCAAGUCAGAAAGAUGCUAAGGAUUUUCUUGGAGCACUGCAUCAUAUGAAUGGAAGUUCCCUCGCUGGAGAACAGAGCUCAGGAACGGCGAAACUUCAGCAGAUGGUGGACGGCCUGGAAAAGAGGACCAACGACCCGAAUGAGUGUGUAAUCUGCCACAGGGUGCUUAGCUGCCAGAGCUCACUGAAAAUGCAUUACCGCACACACACAGGUGAAAGGCCCUACAAAUGCAAAAUCUGUGGCAGGGCCUUCUCCACAAAGGGCAACCUGAAGGCUCAUUAUGGUGUGCACAGGGCUAACACUCCUCUUAAAAUGCAGCACUCGUGUCCCAUCUGCCAGAAGAAGUACACAAAUGCUGUGGUUCUGCAACAGCACAUUCGCAUGCACAUGGGUGGUCAGAUUCCCAACACCCCACUGCCAGAAAAUCAGUUUGAAGCAACGGAGGUGAUGGAGCAGUCUCCAGCUGAGGAGAAGCCUGUUGAUGCCAGUAAUUUUGAAGCAAACAAUGAAGAUCAGAAGCCAGAGGUGAACCCUCAGAAGCCAGCCGAUAAGUCAGAUUCACUCCUGUCUGCCUCUGAAGAACAAGCCCAGAAGAACGGAGCCCCGGGCAUCUUUUCCAGCCUGGAGGUACUGAAGAGUCUCACCUCUGCUCUUGCACUGAAACGACAGAGCAGCACCACUUCAGAGGGCGAGGGCACACCCAAAGAAUCCGAGUCUGCUCCGAAAGAUCCAGAAUGUCAGAAUGGUCGCAGUCCUGCCGUUUCGGACUCCGCCAUGUCAUUUAACUCCUCUUCCCCCGCCAAUCACACCAGUAGUAAGUCCCCAGAGUCGGCUGUCGAUGACUUCACCCACAAUGCUUUCAAACAGGAGUCUGAUGCCAUUCAAGAUGGCGCCGAGUCAAGCGGAGCGCUUGACCUCACAGCUUCCAGCAGCCUCACUCCCAAAGCGAUUAAAGAAGAACCUGGCCUGCCCUUUACUAACGGAGACUACACUCCCAGCAGCAUGCCUUUCAUGAGAAUACCACCUAGUCUGGCCAACCUGGAAAUGAAGAUCCCUCCAGAGAACCCUUUGGGUCCUCACAGUUUGUUCAGCUCCCACAUGCCUCAGGGAACAGCCAUGGCCUCCUCCAUCUCCGCUGCACCACGGCGAUCCAGCAAACACCACAUAUGUAAUGUCUGUGGAAAGAACUUCUCAUCUGCCAGCGCGCUGCAGAUCCAUGAGCGUACUCACACGGGUGAGAAGCCUUUUGCCUGCAACAUCUGCGGCAGGGCUUUCACCACAAAGGGCAAUCUAAAGGUGCAUAUUGGCACUCACAUGUGGAACAACUCCUCUCGCCGCGGCCAGCGUCUGUCCCUGGAUAACCCCAUGGCACUGAUGGCUAUGAGCACGGAGGCCAAGAUGAUGCCGGAGAUGAUGCAACCGCCCAAAGAGCUGGCAGCUCCGUCAAUGAACUUUGACCCAUCGCUGUGGAACCAAUACGCUGCUGCCGCCUUCAGUGGUGGCCUGACCAUGAAGACCAAUGAGAUAUCGGUCAUCCAGGGAGGCGGCAUCCCGCUCCCCGGGAGCCCUGCUGGGGGGCCUCUGAUCGGAUCCACCGGAGGCCUCGUGAAGAUGGACGGGUCCCACUCUGGCCUGCCAGCCACCUUGGCUGAAAUUGAGAAGAGCAGCUCUGACAGUGUGCCAAAAUCACAAUUCCCACAUUUCAUGGAGGAGGGAAAAAUUGCAGUCAACUAACGUUUUGGUUUUUUUUUUUUCUUAAGCCAUCAGGUAGUCGCCUCUAUUCAGUUUGUGA